AUGAGCAACACACAAGCUGAGAAGUUCGUGGUGGGCAUCAUCGAACUAUUUCACAACUACACCAGGCACCAUGACACCAUGGACAAGUCAGCCUUGCUGAAGAUGCUCCAGGAGAAUUUCCCCAAGUUCCUCAAUGCCUGUGACAAAAAGCGCACAGAUUACUGGGCCAAUACCUUUGAGAAAAAGGGCAAGAAUGGGGAUAAGAAGAUUGAGUUUUCCAAGUUUUUAUCUUGCUGGGGGAAUAGCCACGACUUCCACAAACAGAGCCACGGAGCAGCCUCCUCUUCUGGGGGAAGCUGGUGA